AAGGAAUCUGGCAAAUGGGUCGCUGGGAUCCACCUACCAGCAAAUUCUACAUUCGUUUGGAAAUGGGUGGUUCUCCAGCGGCCAAACCUUACUCCCUACCGGUGGGAGGAAACCCACAACAGGAUUGCCAUCCUUGGUGAACAUAACGGAAAAUUCCUUGCACCAUGGAACACGGAAAUGGCGUUUGAUGUUGUUCCAUUCACAAGACCAAAGGAGGAUAGUAUUUGGACAGACGAUGAUGCAAGGCAGCUGAAGACGCUGUUGAAUCUAAUAGCACAACACACCAACUAUGAAAGUGCUAGUCUAGAAGAACCAAAAGUACAACCCAAAAAUCAACCAGCCACAAUUGUCGGUAGAGGAAUUCUAGAUAUUAUCUUAAGGAUUCCUCGUUGCGUUGGGGUAAUGGCCAUGUCUGCCUUUGAGCUUAUUAAAAACAAACUUGUUAGUUUGUGGCCGGGUCGACAUAAUCAAGAAGGUGAUGCUGAUAGGGAUUUGGGUACAUGGGUGUAGGGACAUAUCCCCGUCGAAGAGUUUGAGAGCAUAAUUUUCCUUUCAAUUCGUCCUAGGAAAUUUGUCAUUUACAUCUGCCAAGAACAUAUUAACGGGAGAAAGUUAUGAAAAAUUUUCAGGAAAAGUUUUCUUAUUUUUGCGAAGUAACCAAUUCUAAGCCGUAUUAAUCGUCCCAAAGAUAUAUCACAGCCGGACAUUGCAAUAAACAGUCCAAGAUCAACUUUCCAAACCUAAGGAACGUUUGUACACUGCUUGCCGAAGUUUUCAGCCGAUCACUGAUUAAGUCGAGAAUUACCGAGACUUGAGAUAAACUGUAUUCAUCUUCACCUAAUUGUUUGUGGACAUUAAAUAAUGAGGGAGACAGUGGUUGAUUUUUGUUGGUGAUGAUAAUUAGAUAAUUUCUUUUCAGUUUUUUGAAAAUGAAUUUUACUGUGUCAAUAUUAUUUUUUCAUUAUUAAA